CUAAAUCAAACUUCCCCUCCCUUUCCCUCCCUCCUCCCCCAAAUCUUCCGCCACUCUACUUGAGGGUUUUGCGCUGAGAUCCCUCUCCUUGAUCUUCCUUCUUUAAUGUCAUUUUUAAUGAGUGUAUAUGAUCUCACUGCAUAGGUGUUAAGCCUUCCGGCCUGGCUGAACCCCUCUUUCCUCUCCCAAUUCCAUCCACUACAAUCAACUUCCUCCCCUCCUGAACAUCCCCCCCACCUCCCUCAGUCAACAAACUAUGACGAGCAAGGAGGGGGCUACAGGGCAGGCCUUUGGCCCGGUCCUGGCCGCAGUCGCUACCAUGCAAGGAAAUGUGUCGCGCGCCGAAAAGACGCAUGCCCAUGAAUUCCUAGAGAAUUUUCAGAAAUCGGUCGAAGCUUGGACUAUCACCCAUGAAAUGUUACAGUCUCCCGAUGUUCCUGUCGAAGCCAAGUUGUUCGCAGCGACGACGUUGAAAGGAAAGAUCAUCUUCGAUCUCGACCAGUUGCCGGCCGAAUCCGUAGUCGCGCUCAGAGACUCUAUUCUGAACCUGCUCGUGGGUUUUGCUGCAGGCCCUCGACCAAUCCAGACACAGUUAUGCGUAUGCUUGGCCAGUCUGGCUAUCCAGAUGCUUACAUGGAAGGACGUGCUCCCAACCGUGGGUGCUGCACUGGGGAGCAGCGCAGGAGACUGUGUGUUGGAAUUCCUCAAGAUUCUCCCGGAAGAAGUGACGGAAGGUCGCAAGAUCAAUCUGAGUGAAGAUGACCUCAUCAUGCGCACAAAAGAGCUCUUGGAGGACAACGCUGAACAGGUGAUGCACCUCUUGAUCCAAUAUGCACAAUCGUCACCGACUGCAUCCACUAAUCCGCGUCUCCUGGAUUGUAUUACUUCAUGGAUGCGCGAGAUUCCGGCAUCAAAGAUUGUCGAAUCGCCUUUGAUGGACGUCAUCUUGAAGGGACUUGACGACGAAAGAUCUUUCGAGGCUGCAGUAGACAGCAUGUGUACAUUGUACCGAGACACCCGCGAAGUCGACGAUUCGCUUGCAAUUAUUCAGGCCUUGUAUCCGCGCAUCAUCUCGCUUCGCCCCAAGAUCGCUGAAUUCGCUGAAUCCGAAGAUACCGACGCCUAUAAGGGAAUUACGAGGCUUUUCGCAGAAGCUGGUGAAGCUUGGGUUGUGCUGAUCGCACGCCUACCAUCCGAGUUCCGUGGUCUUGUUGAGGCAGUCCUGGAAUGUUGCGCUAGGGAUUGGGAGCGAGAUGCGAUCUCGCUUACCUUUGUUUUUUGGUACGAACUGAAGCAGUACGUUACGUUGGAUCGAUACGCAGACGCCCGGGUAAACCUGAGCGACGUCUUCUCUCAGUUGGUGGACAUCAUGGUCAAGCACCUCGAGUAUCCUGGACCCGAAGAAGGCGAGACCGAUUUGUUCGGAGGUGAUCGUGAACAGGAAGAGAAAUUCCGACAUUUCCGCCACUCUAUGGGAGAUGUACUCAAGGACUGCUGCGCUGUCAUUGGAGUCACCGAAUGCUUGACCAAGGCAUAUCAUCUGAUCCAGCAAUGGGUCUCCAAGUACGCGUCGCAGUCCAGCGAUGAGCACGUCCCUCACUGGCAAGAGCUCGAGGCACCAUUGUUCAGCUUGAGAGCUAUGGGACGCAUGGUAGAUCCGGAGGAAAGCGUCGUCCUGACGCAAGUUAUUCCCUUAAUUGUGCAGAUUCCCAACCAAGAGAAGGUGCGAUUCCAGGCUAUCAUGGCGCUUGCCCGCUACACGGAGUGGACUGCUCAACAUCCCGAGACUCUGGAGGCACAAUUGAACUAUGUCAUCUCUGGCUUCCAGCAUAGCUCUCCUGAAGUUGUUCAGGCUGCUGCUUUGGCCUUCAAGUAUCUGGGUACAGAUUGUCAAAAGCUGCUUGGAGGUCACAUUGCUCAACUCCAUACCUUCUACGAAUCAGUCCUCGACAAGUUGAAGCCGGCGAGCCAGGAGGAGGUCACCGAGGGUGUGGCAGCCGUGGUUGCAGUUCAGCCUCUGGAAAAGAUCUACGAGACCUUGAAAUUGUUCUGUGACCCCAUCAUGGCUCGCAUCAUGAACCUAGCAAACAACGCUCAAGAUGAAGAGAGCCAGCGGGCCGUUGCUGAUCACAUUGGGUUGAUUACCAUAUUCGUCAUGGUUGUGAACCCGUAUGUCUCUCCAGGUGAAGAAAACCCCGCCGUGAAGUACUGUGGUGAGAUCCUGCCCAUCAUGAGUACAAUCGCGCUGAACUUCACAUCAUCCACGCCAAUCCUCGAAAGAGUUUGCCGUUGCUGGCGUAAUAUGAUCAUCUCCUACCGGACCGCAAUGACUCCUCUGCUCCCAACUUUGGCUCAAAGCCUUGCUAGUGGUUUCCAGGCAUCGCGGGAAGGAUGUUUCUUGUGGGCCACUGAUGCCGUCGUGCGCGAGUUCUCGGAAGGUGCCGAAUUCGUCGACGCGAACACAAGCCAGGCCGUCUUCCAGUUCUACGAACAGCAAGCAAUUGCGUUCCUGCGUAUUCUGAAUGAUUUGCCUCCCGAGAACCUACCGGAUGUCAUCGAGGAUUUCUACCGCCUUUCCUCUGAUGCGAUCCGGUUCUAUCCUAAGGAAUGCAUCACGUCUACCCUCUCGGUUCCCAUAUUCUCAGCCGCCCUGAGUGCCCUCACCCUUCAGCAGAUCGACCCUCUGAUUGCCACCCUGCACUACUACCAUGAUCUGUUUAGCUUUGCAUUUGAGAAGCCAGCGGUUUCCGAGUUCACCACAUCGGAUGGCAAUGCAUACUCGACACCUAUUGAAGUCCGUGAGGCCGUAAAACAGCUCAUUGCAUCCCAGGGUCAACUGCUUGUCCAGCGAAUCCUUACGGGCAUGAUGUUCACGUUCCCUGGCGAGUGUUUCCCAGAUGCAUCAAGUGUCUUGAUGUCCAUGUUCGAAUUGAUGCCUGAAGACGCGGGAACUUGGCUGCAGUCCACUCUACAAAUGCUCCCUGCGGGUACGAUGAAGCAAGGUGAGGCGGAGCGUCUAUUGAAGGGGCUGUUUGACAAAAUCCAGUCGGGUGAAACGCGGAAGAUCCGCGUAUUGCUCCAAGACUUCACCAACUCGUACCGCCGCAGAAAUGUGGCCCCCAGAGACGGACUUGGCCGACUUGAGGCCACUCGCUUCCGAUUCAGUGGAUAGAGGUUCGGAAAGUAGUGGAACCAGGACUGAGCAAGUCAUGGAACAGCACCGCUGAGGAUGUUGGGAGUGACACCCACCACCCACCGACGCUCAGCCCUCGAGUCGUGGCGGACAUACACGAAAUUUUUCCGCGCCUACGGCAUCUAUCUGGGAGAUUCGGCAUGCGUUCGUGCGUUGAGAAUCCUAUCAGAUUGCCCCUCAUGUAUUUUCCUCCCCCCAGCAUCAGCAUCGCCCAUACACGGUUGCAUCCGGUCGUUCCAUAAACCAUUCGGGGGUGAUGAGCCGCCACGACCCAUCUGGGGGCAGCAAGCGAACAGAGCAGCUCGCACCAUUACCCACUCUGUAAAAGCUUGAGACCAUUAGUAUUAUAGUGUAGGAAUCUUAGAUAUAUCACAG